GUUUUUAAGAUUUCAGAAUCAGCUCUGAGGGCCGAGCUCUCAAAGAAACAAAAAGUGUGGAGACAGUUCGCAUCACCAAACAUUAUUCACGUUGUCAAAAUAUGUCCGUAAUUAUUCCGUUAACAAAUAAACAUGGAUUAAUUAGCUGAAUCACCUCUGAUCAGGCCGGAGGGAGGCGGAGGCGCCGUGCGCACGUCUGCGCGCAAAACAUCCCUCAUGAGUUUCCUGCGCUCAGGAGACUAUAAUAAGCGAUGAGCUGCGUCUCGUUAGGAAACAUCACAUGUUCCUGCGCUCAGAUUAAAUUAUUGAACAUCAGGACAAGCGAGGGGGGAAAGUUCUGGGAGAGCUGCAGGAGCAGAGGGGACGAGAGGGACGAGCUCCGUCUGAGCAGAGAGAAUCUGGAUUUUUAUUUUUUAUCUUCAUUUUAUUUUUAAAGAUUUGUUGAGCAUUAUUUUUUUUUCUGAAAUGGGAGUCCUGCGGUGUGUGUCCGUGCUGGUGUGUGUCUGCUUCGUGUACCAGGCUGAAGGACGCAGAACAAUCAGCGACAUGUUCCCUCACAAACAUGCAGUGGGGAAAUUUCCCUUUCCAAUUCCCCCGAUCCCGGGCUGGGGCCCCGACACCAACCCGUGGGACGAUUACCUCUACCCUCCACUGAACCCAAAGCCCAGAGAGCUCACGCACCACCGAGGUAAACCCAAGGUUCGUCUGACCAGCGACAGUCCGGCCAUCAACGGCUCCUGCAUCACCUUCACUGCGAAGCUGGAGUACCCGCCGUGCCAGAAGGAGGACGCCAACGGGGAUCUUGUAUGGGAUGAGCACUGCCCGGAUGGUAUGGAGCUGGAGGCCUCAGCCAACGGACAGCUGCAGUCUGGCUACGUCUACAACUGGACUUCCUGGAUUGAAGACUACGGCUUUGGAAAGUGUAUGGACAUAAAGAAAUGCAACGUGUUUCCUGAUGGGAAGCCGUUCCCUCAGAGCAACGACUGGAGACGCAAGAGCUACGUCUACGUGUGGCACACGAUGGGUCAGUAUUAUGAGACAUGCGACGGUUCCUCCUCCAGUGUGACCAUCAACACCACCAACAUCCCCCUGGGGGCCGAGGUCAUGGAGGUCAUGGUGUACAGGAAGCGUGAGCGCAGGAAGUACAGCCCCCUCACCACUGAUAACGGUGUCUUCUACGUCACAGAUAAGAUCCCUGUGGCUGUCAACAUCUCCCAGAAGGCCGCGGUCAACCAGUCUGACAAUGUUUUCUUUCGUGGCGAGGACGUGGUCUUCAAAGUCCAGCUCCAUGAUCCCAGCGGCUACCUCAAAACCGCCGCCUCCAUCGACUACAUCUGGGACUUCAGAGAUGGCAACCAGCUGGUGACACACCGCGAUGUGACCACACACACUUACAGCCGGCUGGGGCGCAUGAGUGUGAUGCUGGUGGUGGAGGCAGCGUUCCCCAUUGAGUGUCCGCCAACGGCUGUCCCCCCGACUCAGAGGAGCUCCACGGCCCCGCCUCCCACAGAGGUUCCCACUCACGCUGUGACUAUCAAGAUGGAGACCAAACCGACUACACCCGCCGCCACCCGCCAGCCCCUCCCCUCUUCUACUCCCGUUGCCAUGACGUCAGGCCUGCCCACCACGGAGCCCCUUCCCCCGACCGUCGCCAGUGCGAGCCCAACCGCCAUGGCCUGGCUCCGCACCAGGCGCCUCAAGACCAACCAGUGCUUCCGCUACGUCCAUGGCACCUUUGCGGGCAACAUCACCAUUAUCGAGCCCAGCCACACUCUGGAGAGCCGGCCAAACAGUCGCAUUGUGGACGUGUCGACUUCCAGAGUGACCAACAACGACAUCAGCUUCCGGGUGAAGUGUCUGGGCAACACCCCCACCUCAGCCUGCACCAUCGUGUCGGACGCCAGCUGCACUCAGGUGCGUAACAUCAUGUGCGAUGACGUUCCUCCAUCGUCAGAGUGCGAGGUGCAUCUCAGGCGAACGUUUGUGGAGCCCGGCACCUACUGCGUCAACAUCACCCUGGAGGACUCCAGCAGCAUGGCCCUGACCAGCACCACUGUCACCAUCAACAAGUCCCAGGAUGCACCUGUGUCUAAGACGUCUCACGCUGCAGAGGUGGUGCUGUCCUCCACCGCCGUGCUGGUGGCUGUCUUUGCGUUCAUCGCCUAUCUGGUCUGCAGGAGGUACAAGGUGUACCGACCCAUUCGCAGGCCGCUGGUGGAGGACGCCUGCGACCGUGCCGGGGUCAGAGGUCGGAUGGUCCGCAUGAGGGAGGCGCUGUUCCCCUCCAGCGAGGAGAGCCAUCACCUGCUGACUGACCGACGCCCCCUGUAGGCUUCGCUGAGCUACGCCAAAGCAUUUCUGCCUGUUAGUAGUGAAAUCACCAGAGAUACUGAUGACUGACAUGCAGAUCUAAUCGUGUAAUGAAAAGGCAGCAGGAAGACAUUUGUAUCUGCUGAGAAGUAAAUAAUACUGCUAUCCUGUUUGUGUCUUUAGGUUAGUUGUUAAAAGAGUGUUGGCUUCAGCAAAUGGCUAACGCUGCAGCAGAGUGUGCCAGGCGGCUGAACGAGGCGCUGCUCCCUCGGCUCUCCUUCCACUUGUUCAUUAUCGGAUGAAGUAGUUGCUAGGAGAUUAAUUAUUUUCUGAUUUGUGCAGAUUUUGAGCUGAGAUCUGCUUCUCAGCACUGUGUCUUAUACUGUCAUAAUAAUAAUCACUAGUUCAGUAAGAAAUCCUUGAGAUGGUUUUCCACAUGAUUCUCUCUCAGCUGUUUGAAACACAAAGGAUGAUUUUAAACUGUCCGACCCAAAAAAGCUAAUUCAAGUAUUCUAAUAAAGGUUGUGAACUAACCGUUCGUCUCCUGAAGACA